UCUGCUGUGUUGUUGUUGUUACCAUGGAGCAGCAGAGUCGCUGGUGAAGAGGGAGCAGCAGAGCAGACACUGAACCUGCACCUGAGCCCCCACCCUGCAUGAGAGCCCUUCCUUCUGCUCCCCCAUCUUACAGCGCAGACCCCCAGGAUGAACAUUGUGCUGUCCAGAGAUGCUCAGGUCAAGAUCAUGGAGAACACGGUGUCCAACGCCGAGCAUUAUUUCGGACAGUUCUGCUCAGUGCUGGCGUCUUAUACUCGCAAAACGGCCAAACUGCGGGACAAGGCGGACGAGCUAGUCAAACAGCUGAUUGACUUCGGAAACACGGAGAACCCCGAACUGAGGAGCGCCAUGAAAAACGUGGGGGAGGAGCUGGCGAAGAUUCAGGACUACAGACACGCGCAGGUGGAGAGACUGGAAACCAAAGUAGUGGCCCCUAUGAAGAUGUACGGACCCUUAAUAAAGGAAAGGCGGGCAGAAAUAAAGAAAUUUAACACUGUGAGAAACAAAGAGAUAAAAGAGCUGCAGAAGUUGGAGAAGUUGCGGCACCGCGCACCGUCCGACCGUCACAUGAUUUCACAGGCUGAGUCCAGUGUACAGAAAGCCUCCGUCGAUGCCGCACGCACCACCCAGCAGCUCGAGGAGGUCAUUGAUAACUUCCAGCAGCAGAAAAUCAAGGACAUUCAGAAAAUCUUCUCCGAUUUCCUGACGAUUGAGAUGAUUUUUCACGCCCGGGCCCUGGAGGUUUAUACCAGCGCCUUCCAUGGACUACAGGACUGUGACCUAGAGAAAGAUAUGGAGGAUUUUCGGGCAAAAAUUCACAUAAACACCGGGACUCAGGAUGCGCGCCCCGUCCCCGCUACCAACGUCUCCUCCAACACCACCUGGCACAUGAGCAGUACGAGCCUGGCGAGCACCCUGCAGAGACAGCGGCCUGUGGAUGAUGAGGAUGAUGAGGAUAGUGACGAGGACUCUGAGGAAGACGAUGGCUACCGGGAGCCCAGGCGGCAGGAUUACUCCAGAGUGCGGAAGUGAGCCGUGGUGGCGCUGCGUGAACACGGCUCCACAACCGCGCACUCUUACCGACCACGGGACUGAGGGCAAUCGCCACCAUAAGACCUUCUACAAUCGGCUGAAAGCCUCAAGCGAAUAAAAAAAAUUAGUGUCUGAAAAUCUCGCGGUGACCUGGGAAAUCGAGACGCUCCGGUCACUAGGAUGAACGCAGUUGUGACGCUCUGCAACUUUCUGAUAGACUGUGUGUCUCACCGCAUCUCAGAUCUCUGCUUGCUGACAGUGAAUGAGGAAAUACUUUUUUAUAUGGAGGCUGAACUCUCUUCUGAUUUAAUACCUGUCACAGCUGAGGGUUUGUUACAAUGUAUCCAGUCCAGGCAAUCCUGUGCCCUGGACCCCACCCCGAUACAUUUAAACAGUAACUGUUGGUUUUUCUGAACUGCUCCGCUAUUCCCAGUACCUCUACAGACAAAGAACGGCGCAGUGGCGGUCAUGUGCGGCCUUUUAGAUCCCCGUUUUUGUGAUCUGAUGGGGUCGCCUCCACCAAUCGGACACUUCUCUUCCAUCCUGAGGAAUGGGGAGAAGUAUUGUGUCACAGCAGAGUUUGUUACAAUGUAUCCAGUUUAUACGUAUCAGUCUGGAGUCCAGAGCACAGAGGGUUGUCAAGAGUGGAUACAUUGUAACAAACCCUCAGCUGUCAGAACAAUACUUGGUGGUGGUCUGGGUAUUGGGUCGCCUACCAAUCAUAAAAAUAGUGGAUCCCCGAGGGUGGACUGUGAACUUAAAGGGGCCCCAUGUUGUAGGCCGAUCCAAAUUGACACAAGAAGGGGCCAGCAAUAAUGUAGUGCAGCACGAAAUGGCGCCCCCAUCAGAAGCAGAGACCACAGUAUACGCAGCUGGACGCAGGAGGGCUCUUGCCGGUGCUGGCCCUCAUACACCUAGCAUUAAUACUGAGAGCAUCAGGUCGUGGUGUACUCGGAGGAGGGCUUUGGCGGCCCCCUGAGCAUCGCCAGGAAAGUUCCCUGUAGGGUCUAUGGCCAGUCCACCCCUGGGUGUCCCGUUCUCCUGGAUGGAUGGAAUGGCGGGUCGUUCACCUACUGGGAAUAGCAGAGCUCUCUAGCGCCACCUUGGGGUAACAGGACCUGUAGUCUUGUGACCUGUGAUUGAAGCCCAAUAAUCAGAUGCUUGUCCACCUCCUGUGAACUUGGCACAACCCCCCCCCCCCCCGACCCUUGUAGUGCUACCUCCAGUUUAGUG